AUGAUCAUGGGUAUUGUCAAGUCAUUCACUCCGGACUAUGACCUCUACCACACUUCCCCGCUGGCCGCGGAGAUGGGUCCACGCGAUCGCCUGCUGUUUGGACCAACGCCACUCACCACCGAUCAAACACAAAUCAUGGAGCUGCUCAAGACAAGGAUUGCCGUCACCAAUGGAUGGACGAUGGACGAGACCAACAACUAUUUCCUGCCAUUCUCCAACUCAACCGUUAUGGAUGGCUUCUUUGCCAACAACUCCAAGUCGGUCAUUGGCGCAGUCUGGUUCAACGGCACAUAUCCAGCCACCGCCGCUAACCCAUUCCAAUACUCCAUUCGUCUCGACGCCGAUGAGGUGUCUCGCACUGACAAGACAUUUGGCGGCAGCUCUGACGACUCGCUGAAAUACAUCAAGGACUCCUUCGAGACGAUCCAGGUGGCAAUGGACGAGGCCAUCAUGAACUUCUAUGGUCUGAACAACACAAUCACAAUGACGAGCAAGCGUUACCCCAACCCAUUCACCGCUGGCUGGCAGGCAUGGAACGAGGGACGUGACAGCAUCUUCAAGAAUGCCGGUGGUGUCUUCAUCUCUGCCGCUCUACUUAUGUUUGCCUUCCGUCUUGUCACUGACCUGGUCAUGGAGAAGGAGACCAAGAUCCGCGAGGGAAUGAAGAUGAUGGGUAUGAUGGAUCUGCCCUACUUCCUCUCAUGGCUCAUCACAUCCCUGAUCAUCUGUAUCCCAGUGACCCUUAUGAUUGCUGCCAUCGUCAAAGGUUCAAUGGUAGUCUACCAUACCUCAUGGUUAGAUAUCAUCUUUGUAUAUCUCCUGUACACUCUUACUCUCGUCCUCUUGGGAUUCAUUGCAAGUGUAUUCUUUGAUCACUCCAAGUUCGCUGGAAUCCUUGUGUUCUUUGGUCUUCUUGUUAUCUCUGUCAUUGGUAUCUUCAUUGCCAAGGCCAACAUGUCCAAGUAUGUCAAGCUACUUUUGUCUCUAAUGUCACCAGUUGGUCUUGCCUGUGCCAACUACCACAUGGCCGUCCAAGACCUCACAGACCUGGAUCCAAUGCCAGCCAACACAACCACCUCAAAGGACAUCAUUGGACUGAUGUGUGUAGAUAUUGUAUUAUAUACUUUGUUAUAUUGGUACUUGAACAAUGUGAUUGCUGGCGAGUUUGGAACUGCCAAGCCAUGGAACUUCUUGUUCAAGAGCUCAUACUGGUUCCCAACCAAGGACCACGAGCUGAUCGAUGUCGAGUCCUACGGCAGCAAUGAGGACGUCGAGGGCAUCCCCCUGGACCUCAAGCGCGCCGCCACCGUCUCCAUCCGCAACCUCAGAAAGGAGUUCUACACUGGUGACGGUGUCCGUGUUGCCGUCGACGGUCUCUCGCUCGACAUGUACCCCGACCAGAUCCACGCCUUCCUCGGACACAACGGUGCUGGCAAGUCCACCACCAUCGGUAUGCUCACCGGUCUCCUGCCACCAACUGAUGGUGACGCCUUUGUCCAGGGCUACUCAAUCCAGCGCCAGAUGAACAGUGUCCGCCGCACACUUGGUGUGUGCCCACAGCACGAUAUCAUCUGGAAGGAGCUCACUGUGCUUGAGCACUUCAAGAUCUACGCCGCCCUCAAGGGUGUUCGCGGUAAGGACAUUGCAGUCCAAGCCGACAAGAUGUGUGACGAGGUUGGCCUUGGCGAAAAGAAGAACGCCCCAUCUGGCACCCUCUCUGGUGGCCAGAAGCGCAAGUUGUGUCUUGGUAUCGCAUUCAUUGGCCGCAGUGAGGUGAUCUUCCUGGACGAGGUGACCAGUGGCAUGGACCCACUGUCGCGUCGUGGUGUCUGGGACUUCUUGCUCAAGUACAAGCAGGGAAGAACCAUCAUCUUGACCACUCACUUCAUGGACGAAGCCGACUUCCUCGGCGACAGAAUCGCAAUCAUCUCUCAUGGCAAGCUUCGUUGUGACGGCAGCAGCCUGUUCCUCAAGAAGAAGUUUGGCAUUGGUUACCUGCUCACGAUGGCCAAGAUCGCCAACUCCUGCAACACUGAGGGUGUCACCAACUUUAUCCACCAGUACAUCCCCGAGGCCGUCGUUCUCUCGGAUGCCGGCACUGAGCUGUCCUUCCGUCUGCCCACAUCCAGCGUCGACCAGUUCGUCCCAUUCUUCAUGGAGCUCGACCAGCAAAAGGCCUACCUUGGCAUUGGCAACUAUGGUAUCUCUGUGACUACCAUGGAGGAGGUGUUCCUGCGUAUUGGCCAAGAGUCCCAGGGCGGCCAGUUCAGUCUCACCGCCAACCAGAACCGUAACGAAGAGGUCAUCAAGAAGGCCAUCUCGACAUCAACCACCGGCACCACAUGGCGCCAGCAGAUGAAGGGUCUGAUCAUCAAGCGUUUGAUCACAUCGUACAAGGAUCUCAAGACAUUCCUGCUCACAGUGUUCCUUCCAAUCAUCCUGAUCGCAUGCUCCAUUGUCAUCUACAAGAAGAUGAGAAUCGAGGCCGACUACUUCAACAACAUCACCACGCCACUCACCUUCUCCAUGUCCACAUUCGGCCCCGACAACAAGGUCUACGUCAACACCAUCGACGGUAAUCUUGCCGGUCUGUCCGCCUCACCCUUUGCCUCUCAACUCCAGUCGAUGCCCGUUGGCACCAACCUCGAAGACUACCUCAAGACGCACUACAACUCUUCAGCUGGCUCCCUCAACUUCACUAGCGAGGUGGCCGCACAGCAACUCGAGUACAACGUCUACUUCAACAAGGGCUCGCUGCACUCGAUCCCCACCCACGUCAAUCUGGUCCACGACGCCCUGUUGCGCCAACACAACGGCAUCGGUAUCGCCACAACCAACGCUCCAUUCGCUCACGUUCUCACUGCCAUCGAGGCAGCCGUCUCCUCUGUUGACAUGAACGCCGUCGUCUACUUCAACAUGUUGUUCAUCGCUGGCUACGGUCUGAUGGUCGCGUCAUUCGCCGCCAACAUGUGUGUUGAGCGUGUCACCAACAUCAAGCGUCUACUCUACAUCUCUGGCUGCAAGAAGCACAUCUACUGGCUGGCCAACCUCUUCUGGGACUACACCCUCUCGAUACCUGUCGUGUUCAUUGUUUCUGGUGUCCUGGCUGGCGUCGAGACCAAGUACGCUGAUCAGUUUGGCAUCAUCCUCAUCGGCCAGAUCCUCUUCUGUCUUGGCUGUAUCCCACUCAGCUACCUCCUGUCCUACCGCUACAACACCCACGGCAAGGCCAUUGGCGCCAUCUUUGGCAUCCAGUACGGCAUAGCCCUUGUGAUGAUCAUUGCCAGCAUCAACAUGCGUAUCCAGAUGGUCAUCAACCAGUCCGAGGGUCUGCAGCUCGCCUGUGACAUAGUCGACUAUGUCUUCUACAUAGUCUCGCCAUUGUACGCCCUGGGCCGUAUCAUGGUCAUGUGCGUCAACUUCCCAGGCACCAUGCGUCUUGGCCAGUGGACCAUCACCAACUAUUGGGACGUCAAGAUCACUGGCGCACCCUUGCUCUUCCUCGUUGGCCACGCCAUCGUCUGGACCACAUUGAUCCUCGUGUUGGACUACUUCCCCGAGAUCAGAGGCAGAAUGAAGAACCCCAAGAACACCGCCUCGCCACAGCCACCCGCCGACGAGGACACUGAUGUUGCCGCUGAGCGCAUGCGUCUUGGAGGCCACCACGCCACUGAUGAUGUACUCGUCAUGAGAGAUCUCCACAAGCUGUUCCCAGCCAAGGGCAAGCACCCAGACAAGAUCGCUGUUCACAACACUACCCUUGGUAUCCCCCGUGGCCAGACAUUCGGUCUGCUCGGAAUGAACGGUGCUGGCAAGACAACCACACUCUCGAUGCUCUCUGGCGACAUCUCACCAACUGCCGGCUCAGCCACCAUCAAUGGCUUCGACCUCAUCUCCCAACGCUCCAACGCUCUUCAUUCAAUUGGCUCGUGUCCUCAGUUCGACGCCCUGAUCCCCCUGUUGAGUGGCCGCGAGCAACUCUACUUGUACUGCCGCAUCAAGGGUAUUCCCGAGGAUCUCAUCCCAACCACAGUCGAAGCAUUCAUCACAAUGAUGGACCUCGAGGGAUUGGCCAACACCAACGUCGGUGGAUACUCAGGCGGCAACAAGCGUAAGCUGUCACUGUCCGUGGCCAUGAUUGGAAACCCAUCAGUUGUGUUCCUGGACGAGCCAUCAACUGGCUGCGACCCACAGGUUCGCCGCUUCAUGUGGAACGUCAUCUCUGAGCUCGGCGCCAACAAGGUUAUCAUCAUCACCACUCACUCAAUGGAGGAGUGCGAGGCCCUUUGCCAGCGCAUCUCAAUCAUGAAGGAUGGCAAGUUCACCUGUUUGGGUUCCAACCAACACAUCAAGUCCAAGUUUGGCAGCGGCUACUCGCUGGACUUCAAGAUAAAGAAGGAAUACCUGGACACUGCCGCCGACAUCAUCGGUCGCACAUUCCCAGGCAUCGAGCUGCUCGAUAGCCACGACCUCAUCCUCAACUUUGAGUUACCAAGCAAGUACAGCGGACACUCUGUCAAGGUGUCUGAGAUCUUCAAUGUAAUCCAGCAGCAGUUGCACUUCCUGGUCGAGGAUUACUCCGUCAGCCAGACCUCUCUCGAGCAAGUGUUCCUCAAGCUUACCUCUGCCACCUACGAAGCUCGUCUCAAUCAAUUGUCCGAGUCCCAACAGAACGCUCAAAUACCUCUAUAA